GUCACGAAUCAUAUACGGUUUUACUUUCGCUUCCUGGUAGGCGGAGUCUGAUGUGAGCGAAUUGGAACUCCCGCGCAAUUCGACAGGGAAAGAUCACGUUUCCGGAAGAAGCUGCGGGGUGAGUAGCGCUUGCUCAGUUUAGAAAUAAUAUACCAGAAAAAACAACACACGAUGUCUAAAAUAGAGAAGAUGAGCAUCCAAGGGGUGAGGAGCUUUGGAAUAGAAGAUAAAAACAAACAAGUUAUUCAGUUCUUCACACCUCUAACACUUUUAGUAGGACCCAAUGGAGCAGGAAAAACAACUAUAAUUGAGUGUCUCAAGUAUAUCACAACAGGGGAUUUCCCACCAGGAUCCAAAGGAAAGACAUUUGUACAUGAUCCUAAGGUCGCUCAUGAAACAGAUGUUCGUGCUCAGAUUCGUCUACAACUCAAAGAUGUUAAUGGAGAACUUGUGGCUGUCCAGCGUUCCAUGAUCUGCACCCAGAAAGGAAAAUCAACAGAAUUUAAAACACUUGAAGGGGUUAUUACCAGAAUGAAGCAUGGAGAGAAAGUCAGCCUAAGUACAAAAUGUGCAGAAAUGGAUAAGGAAAUGAUCAGUGCAUUAGGAGUCUCUUCAGCAGUCCUGAAUAAUGUAAUAUUCUGCCACCAGGAAGACUCCAACUGGCCUUUGAGCGAGGGAAGGCAGUUAAAAGUAAAGUUUGAUGAAAUAUUUUCAGCAACAAGGUAUAUUAAGGCUUUGGAAACCUUAAGAAAAGUUCGCUUGAAUCAAGCUCAGAAUGUGAGGGAAUAUCAGGUAGAAAUCAAGUAUUUGAAACAGAACAAGGAAAAGGCAAGGGAAAUUCAAGAUAAUCUUCAGAGCAAAGAGAAACAGCUUGCUGUUUCCAAAGAAAAUGUAAAAUCUAUCGAAAGUCAAUUGGAGCCACUUAAGGAUCGCCUGGCAGACAUACAGAGAAAUCUUACUAAAGUGAUGAGACUUGAUAAUGAGAUAAAAGCUUUAGAGAGCCGUAAGCGAACCAUGGAGAAGGAUAACCAAGAUUUAGAGGAGAAAAUGGAGAAGGUCUUCCAAGGUACAGAUGAAGAACUCAGUGAUAUGUAUCAAAAUCAUCAGCGCACUGUAAGGGAAAAAGAAAGAAAGCUGAAUGAUCACCAGCGUGACAUGGACAGAGCAUGCAAAGAGUCCCAAAGGCUUAACAGGGAAAAAGGAGAACUGCUAGUUCAACAAGGACGUCUGCAGCUGGAGGCAGAUCAACACCAGCAAUACAUCAAGACAAGGGACUCUCUAAUCAAGUCCCUGGCAGCACAGUUAGAACUUGAUGGUUUUGAGCGAACUCCUUUUAACCAGAGACAAACAAGCAACUUUCAGAUGUUGGUGAAAGAAAGGCAGGAAAAGGAUGAGGCCCAUGCAAACCAGAUCUUGAGAGAAUUUUCAGAAAGAGAAGCAAUGAAGCAGAGGCAGAUCGAUGAAAUAAGAGACAAGAAAACUGGCCUUGAAAGAACUAUUGAGCUGAAAUCCUCCACACAGAGCAAAAAACACACUGACCUGAAGAACGUCAAAUAUGAACUUCAGCAGUUGGAAGGUUCAUCCGACAGGCUACAAGAACUGGACGAAGAGCUUCAGAAGACGGAGCGUGAACUGGAGAAUGUGGAAAAGAGCUGCAACUUGGAAGCAUUGAGAGGGGAAGUUGCCCAACUACAGAGCCAAAAGUCUGAUUUAGACAGAAAUGUACGAAAGCUGGAUCAGGAGAUGGAGCAGCUAAAUACACACACAAUGACAAGAACCCAAAUGGACAUGCUAAAGAAGGACAAAGCAGACAAAGAUGAACAAAUAAGAAAAAUUAAAUCUAGACACAAUGAUGAGUUGAGUUCUUUAAUUGGGUAUUUUCCAAAUAAGAAGCAACUUGAAGACUGGCUGUAUUCAAAAAGAAAAGAUGUUAAUCAGACUCGUGAAAAGCUGGCCCGGUUUACUAAGGAGUUAGUAGCAGCUGAGCAGAACAAAAAUCACCUGAGCAAUGAGCUUCGCCGAAAAGAGGAACAGUCCACCUCAUUUGAAGAGAAGGUUUUUGAUGUGUGUGGCAGCCAGGACUUUGACAGUGAUCUGUCACGCCUCCAGGACGAUAUAGAAAAAACUUCUAAACAGAGGGCCAUGCUUGCUGGAGCAACAGCAGUUUACACACAGUUCAUUACCACGCUGACUGAGGAGAACCAGCCCUGCUGCCCUGUCUGUCAGAGAAUAUUUCCCUCUGAAGCAGAGUUGCAGGAUGUGAUUAAUGAUAUGCAAUCCAAGCUGCGCCUUGUUCCUGACAAACUUAAGGCAGCCGAAGGGGAACUGAAAAGGAAAGAAAAAAGGAAAGAUGAAAUGAUGGAACUGAAACCAAUGAGGCAAAUGCUGGCAGACCUGAAAGAAAAAGAAGUCCCAGAGAUACGAAACAAGCUAGUGGCAAUAAACAGAGAAAUACAACGACUGAAAAAUGAUGUAGAAGAGCAGGAAACUCUUAUUGCCACGUUUGUAUCUGAAGAGGAAAGCGCCAAAGCCUGUUUGCAGGAUAUCUCCCUCAUGGAACGAUAUCAGAUGGAACUUAGAGAUGUAGAGCGGAAAAUAGCACAGUAUGCCACCAAACUACAGGGGGUGGACCUUAACCGCACUGUCCAGCAGGUUAACCAAGAAAAACAGGAGAAGCAACACAGCCUGGAUAAUGUUUCUGGAAAAAUUGAGCUUUUAAGAAAACGCAUACAAGAUCAGCAAGAACAGGUCCAACAGCUGAAAAGUACAGUAAAUGAGCUAACGGCAGAAAAGCUCCACAUCUCAAGUAACCUUCAGCGGCGGCAGCAGUUGGAAGAGCAAAAUGUAGAGCUGACAACUGAGCUUCAAUGCUUAUCCAGAGAGAUUAAGGAAGCAAAGGAACAGGUUUUCCCACUGGAAUCCACUUUGCAGAAAUUUCAACAAGAAAAGCAGGAGCUUCUCCAGAGGAAGGAAUUAAGCUACCGCGAGGCACAGGAAAAAGUUAAUGACAUUAAGGAAAAGGUGAAAAAAAUUAAUUUAUUUUCAAAAGAUAUUGAAAAGUAUAUUCAAGACGGAAAGGAAGACUUUAAGGAGCAAAAAGAAUGUGAGCUACAAGAAUUAAUUGCGCGACUGAAUGAGUGUGAAAAACAGAAGGAGAAAAUAAACAGAGAGAUGGUCAAUAUCAGACAGGAUAUCGACACACAGAAAAUACAGGAAAGAUGUCUUCAAGAUAACUUAACUUUGAGAAAAAGGAUAGAGGAGCUUAAGCGGGUGGAGGAAGAAAGACAGCAGCUUCUUAAAGAAAUGGGGCAAAUGAAAGUCAUGCAAAUGAAAAAUGAACACCAAGAGCUGGAGAAUAAAAGUGAAACUCUGAAAACCAACCAUAGCCUGGCACUUGGACGACAGAAAGGAUUUGAGGACGAGAUCUUGCGAUUUAAGAAGGAAUUGAGGGAGCCGCAGUACAAAGAUGCUGAAGAAAAAUACAGAGACAAAAUGAUUGUAAUGAGAACAACUGAGCUUGCCAUCAAAGAUCUGGAUAUCUAUUAUAAAACCCUGGACCAAGCUAUAAUGAAGUUCCAUAGCAUGAAAAUGGAGGAAAUCAACAAAAUUAUCCGUGACCUGUGGCGCAGUACAUACCGAGGCCAAGAUAUUGAGUAUAUUGAAAUCCGAUCAGAUGCAGAUGAAGGCGUCUCUGCAGCAGAUAAAAGGCGAACAUACAAUUAUCGUGUAGUGAUGAUUAAAGGAGACACCGCAUUGGAUAUGCGAGGACGUUGUAGUGCCGGACAAAAGGUCUUGGCUUCCCUUAUCAUUCGCCUGGCUUUGGCAGAAACAUUCUGCUUGAAUUGCGGGAUUCUCGCUCUUGACGAACCAACUACCAACUUGGAUCGAGAAAAUAUUGAGUCUCUUGCACAUGCGCUAGUUGAGAUCAUUAAGAGUCGCUCCAGACAGCGGAACUUCCAGCUUGUUGUGAUCACACACGAUGAGGAUUUUGUGGAGCUUCUGGGCCGUUCAGAAUACGUGGAACAUUUUUACAGGAUUAAAAAGAACAUAGAUCAGUGCUCUGAAAUCAUGAGGUGCAGUGUUAACUCUCUGACAUCCUAUGUUCAUUAAUCUGUUCCAAACAAAGGCCACUGAAUAAAGGAUUUCUGUCUGUCACAGAUACGAACAAUAUGCAUCAACCUUGCAUUGGGUUUUGUCGGUAAUACUUAUGUUGCUCUGCUGUAAACAUAAUCUGUACUCAGUGAAUUUACCAUAGGUUGUAUAUAUACUAAUACAGCUUUACAAUAA